UUGUCCACUGACAACAUCUGCUCGUGCAUGUUGGAAACAAUCCUUAGAUAUAUACAAAACGGCAGGUCGUGUUAGCCACCAUGCUAGUGAAGCCGGUUGACUGGGGUCGAUUUUAAAUGUUACCCGUUAAUAAUGGUGUCUAUAACUGAUCAACAAUACCCAUAUGUUUAAGUUCUCGGAGGAAGUAAAGGCUUCCACCAUAAAGGAACUUAAAAACACAGCGAUGAGUUUAUCUAGCGUCUAGCUCUAGUUCAACAGAUCUGUAUCGGAUGCUAGCAGAGUGCAGCUAAGCUAGCUCUACACCAGAUGGUCCGCAAACGGGACCCGCUGCGAUGGAGAUCUGUACAAAUAAUUAUUUUGUUUUUAACAUCGUGACCACACUCGCUGUCUAACAAUAUACGAUCCGGAAAACUGCUCCAAAGGGUAUGCUGUGCAUCUUGGAGAAGGCCUCCAGGGAACGGUAUAGCCAGUCAACGUUAGCCAUAGGUAGUUAGCCUAGCUGUCUUUUGCCCUUAUAGUCCUCUGUUUCAAAACAAACGGGCUCUUUGUACGAGUCGUUAUCGUGCUAUCGUUUUUCACUUAGCGUUCGAUUGGUUUCGAUUGGUUUCACAUUUUGAUUGCAUGUAAAUAACUAUUUCAACAUAGCCUUGUUGCCUUGUAGCCAGUCAACAUUUAUAAACGAGGUGAGCUUUAAAAGGCCCCGGCUGACCCUACUCAGCACAGGCCAUGCUGGGGUUGGCAUGCAUUAUAACUGCCUGCACCUCCAUUGCCAGGUGCCUUUUGUUGAUAUUAUUGAGACGUUCGACUCUUGAACAUAUGUUUUGUGUUUGCAUGGAGUAUGUUGUGCCCGCUUAUCUUCAACCGCAUCACUGUUUCCCCCUACUUCAUGUGUGGCAUCACAUGUGAGGAUUCAUUUCUCUGAAUUGGGUCGAUCUGGGCAAGCAGCCCCCACUGGUCCACAAACCCUAUAUACACUUUGCACAAUGGAUGCUGUGCUGAAGUCAGAGAUCAGAGAGGAGGGGAGUGGCACCUCGGUAACGGUGGAGGGCCUCUCUAAGGCAGCACUAAUUAAAAGCCUCACUCCGAGGGUCAUGCUGUCAAACCAUCUUUUGCCCAAAGGGACCAAGAUGAAGGUGAACCUGGAGGACCAGGGUCGCCAAAAAGUGUCCUUCAGCUUCUCUCAGACGAAGAAGCCAUCCCCAAGUGUGUUCUUCGUCUCACCGAGCCCCGAGAAGUCUCUAGCUGAAUCUUCUUCUGCCUUGACACUUGAAUCCUCGCCCCCUCAAGACAGAACUUUGCAGAUUUCAGAGAGCGUAAUGGAACUGCAGUCAACUAUGGUGCCAACAUCAACAGCUGAGCCCCCUUCUCCUCCAAUGUCAGUUCCCUCACCCCCUAAACCCAAAAUGGACCUAGGAAAGAUUCACUUCAAGAAGCAGAUUCUCAGCAUCUCUGUAACUGAGGAGAAAACAAUGCCUAGCAAUGUGCCACAGGAGCCUAUUUCCCCAGAACAACCAGUUAUAAUGCAAUCUUUGCAAAGCAGGGCAGAAGUCUCACCCCAAUUUAAGACUAUGAGCAUUGACAUGAGCAUUGAUUGCUUCUCUGAGAAUGUACAAACGGAAGCCUCUGUGAUAAGGGUACCUCCUAGCCCCAAUAAGCCUAUAGAAUCUUUUGGAAAGGACAGUGAGACUUCCAUUAUCAUUAAGAAGGAUGAUGGGGUACCCAAAAGGAAAACCAGGUCUCAAUCUGAAAAGGCUCCUGCAGGCUCAGAAUCAGAUGGCGAUGGCGCCAAAAUGUCUUCCAGCCACAAGAUAAUUGAACCCUCAUUUAAAACAAAAUCUGACGGUAGAAGCAAGGAAGAGAAAAAGUCUUCCUCUGGGUCAAAUAUGGAUGAAAAGGAAAGUUCCUCGAAACGCUCAGAGAACCACGAAGGCUCCUCAAGUUACUCCAAAUCAGAGCGUGACUCAAGGCACGCAUCAUCUCGGUCCUCCCGUUCAGAGAAGGAGCGCAGGAGGUCCAGGACUAAAUCAAGGUCAAGAUCCAGAGCAUCCAGGACAAGUUCAUCCCACUCACGAACUGAUCGAUCUAGAUGUGAUAGAGUAUCGAGAGCUGAUAGAUCAUACUAUCAUGAUUCUGAUCGCAGGUCACACAGGAGCCCACCGAGGAGAGAGAGGAGAUCCUCUCGAUCCCGCACUGACAGAAGUAGGGAUAGCUCAGACUCGGAUGAUGAUCACAGGAGGAAUCGAAACAGGAUAAAUGACUCUAGUAGAUCAUCUCUUCAUGCCAGCUUGCAAAAAGACUCAAAAUCAUCGUCAUCAUCAUCAUCUCACUCAAAAUCUGAGAAGGAUGCAAAAUCUGUAGAUUUUUCUCAGUCUGCAGAGACUGACAAAAAAUCUAAGUCUGUGAGGAGCGGAAAGAGAACCUCGGACUCUGAACCCCACUGUAAGCGCUCUCCUGAAGUGGACUCCAACCACCGGAAACCUGCCACGCAUCACAAAUCCCAGAGUAGUGCUAAAUCAACCUAUUUUAGUCGGUCUCAGACUUCUGAAAGAAGACGCCAGAAAAGCCCGUCCAGUGACUUUGAUGCAGAUCAGAAAGGGAAGACCCGCAUCUCUGACAGGAGCUCAGGCACUGAAAGUUCCUGUUUAACCUCCCAGAAGAUCGGUCAACAGGAGUCGAAAGACCCUUCCAAGUCCAAAUCAAAAAUGGCAGUAAUUGAUAGAAAAUCAAAAGAUACAUUUCACAGCCUUAAUAGGAUACAAACACUUCCAAGCACCACAGAAUCCUACUCCUUUAAUGAAAAAGAGUUGAGUGAUGCAUGUCAGGCAAAGGAACAAUAUAACAAGAGCUCAAAGGACAUAAUGUUCUUUCAGAAGGAUUUUCCGGAACCAUCCUCCCAACAAUUGCAAGCAGUUUGUGUUGAAAUGGAAUUUCCUUCAAAUGAUGGUCAGACUAGUGCUAACCAAGGUGCCAUGGAUAUUGGUAAAGAAAGUCACAGUACUAACCAUGUACUGCAUGUGGACUCUAAUGCGAUUACCUCAAAUUCCUGCAGUAAUAAUAAUUCAUCAAUUGGGACAGCACUUGUUGCAGAAGACCUGCAACAGGGUGCCAUCUCGGAGGAUGUACAGCCAAAAAAAUAUGUGUCCAUCAACCUACAACCUGCCACAGGUUUGCCUGAAAUUUCACAUCUGAAGGCUGAAAAUCAGUUGUUACCUACAAGUGAACGACAACACCAAGAUCCACUUAAGAAGACCAGAAGUAGUGCAAAAAAGUCUCGCUGGGAUAUUGUUGGACAGGACACAUCUGACAGUGAUAAUUCUCAGAGGUUACCAUCUGCAGAUAAUAAACCUAGUGUUAAAAAGGUACCCUCUGUCAAUUUUUCUUCGAAAGAUGACAACUCGGAGGAGGGAGUUAAAAAGAAAGAAGGGACACAUUCCAUAGCGGCACAGAACCCAGACAGGACAAAGCAUGAUACUAUUUCUCAUAGCACAUCUUCUGUCAAGUGUUCCCUGAAAUACCAAAAUAAAAGAGAUACACGUCUCUCUGACUCAAAACAGUCUGUUGCUGAAAAACGGUGUGAGAAUCAUGAUACCUCAGAAAUAAAAAACACUACAAAUGUGCAAAAUUUGCCCAGAAUUCUUGAAAGUCAUAACGCUCACAAGAGCACAUCAGUUCAUAGAGAAUCUGUUCACGUUGGUGACUCUGGAGGACUCAGCAAUGCCAGUGAGAGUGAUGAUUCUGAGUCUGACUCUGAUAGUGGACAGGCAAUCAAACGGUUAAGCUCUAUAGUUGUCAUACCCCAGCAAUCUUCCAUAGCGCUUGAUCCGCUGGAUAAUGGAGCCUCUUGCAGUCCAAUGAGUAGCUCAGAGGAGCAACAUAGGAAUGAGGUCAAUCACCACAAACGGGGUGCUGGUCAUGUCCCAACAGAAAUUGUUUUUCAACAGAGGCAUCCAAGUGUUGCCCCAGCAUGUGAGGAAGUAAUUGCCUCAGCUCAUGAAAUGAUGUGUCAGUCCCAGAGCAACAUGAUUGACAGCACAAGUCAGUCAGAGGGAUCAAACUCUGCCCAAAAAUACAAGGAUGCCUUUAAAUGUGUUGAAGAAAGGCUAACUACUGAACCAGCACUGAACCAGCCUGCUACCCACAGCAAUGAGAGUUUUCAUCCACCUGAGCAUGGGCUUCCAUAUGUAAGUGGAAGGGAUGGACAAAUGCUCCCUCAAUACCACCAAGAGGACUUCUUGAGAAAUAACACUGUCAACAGCAACGGGGUAUUCCGCGUGGGUUGGGAUUUCUCUCAGUUAGAGCAGCCCAGCAGUACAUACCAGCAACCAGAUAGCAGUUAUGGGCCCCAGUUACUCAACCCCCAACAGACGGGAAUUCCUCCUUUAGGACUGGGAUACAGGCAGAGUAAUGCUUCCUGGACCCCUCUCCCUCCUAUCAUGCAGUCCAGCAGACCGCCCUACCUCCACAUGCCUCAACAAUAUCAGGACCCCCUGGGUCAAGUCCACCCUGAUUCUCUGACCAACGACCACGAGGAUGACGGUGACCGCAAAGCACCAUCUCAAAGUCAAACCUGCAAUGGGCCGAACACCUCAACCUUCGUUCAGGCUAAUGAGAUAAGCAGCAACAGCAGAGGCUCUGCCGUCUCAGAUCACCGCAGAGACUCAGAGGCACUCAGACCCCACAGAGGCAGAGGCCCGCCCAAAAAAAGGCGCCAAGAGAUAGAAUCAGACUCAGACAACGAGGCGGAACCUGGGCCCAUGAGCAAACGGGAGCGUCAUAGAGCUGGGGAAGUCACCAAAGAUGCUCCGGCAAAGGCUGAGUUGUCCCGCCCUUUACUUGACCUAAAAGACUUUCGAGAUUCUAAUAAAUGGAAGGAUUAUUCCAAAUCUAAAAAGAUGCCGCCUUACUUUGACCUGAUCGACGACAAUCUGUAUCUUACAGAAAGAAAGAAGAGCAAGUCUCAUCGUGACAUUAAGCGCAUGCAGUGCGAGUGCUCAGUCCUGUCCAGGGAGGAGCGCUCCCGAGGAGUGUUGGCUUGUGGCGAGGACUGCCUGAACAGACUAUUGAUGAUUGAGUGCUCAUCACGAUGUCUCAAUGGACACUACUGCUCUAAUCGACGCUUUCAGAUGAAGCACCAUGCUGACUUUGAGGUUAUUCUCACAGAAGACAAGGGCUGGGGGCUUAGAGCAGCUAAAGAUUUAUCAGAAAACACUUUUGUCCUUGAGUACUGUGGUGAGGUUUUGGACCACAAGGAGUUCAAGAACAGGGUGAAGGAAUAUGCCCGCAACAAGAACAUCCACUACUACUUCAUGGCAUUAAAAAACAACGAGAUUAUUGAUGCAACGCUGAAAGGGAACUGCUCCCGCUUCAUGAACCACAGCUGUGAGCCUAACUGUGAGACCCAGAAGUGGACUGUAAACGGUCAACUCAGAGUGGGCUUCUUCACCACCAGAGCAGUGACCGCAGGAACAGAGCUCACCUUCGACUACCAGUUCCAGAGAUAUGGCAAAGAGGCCCAGAAGUGUUUCUGUGGCGCUCCCAGCUGCAGAGGCUUCCUGGGCGGGGAGAACCGGGUCAGUGUGCGAGCCGCCGCGGGGAAGAUGAAGAAGGAGCGCCCUCGAAAGAAGGACACCGUGAGCGCCCUCACCACGUUGGAUGAGGAGCUAGAGGCCCUGUUGGAGAACGGAGAGGGUCUGUCUGAUGAGAAGGAGGUGGUGUCUCUUUGUAGGCUGAUGGUCCGGGUGGAGACAACAGAGCAGAAACUCCUCUGUCUCAAGCUGAUUAGAGAUACUCAAAACCCAUCGUGCUUGAAGCAGUUUCUAGACCAUCACGGUUUGUCUCUGUUAUGGAUAUUCAUGGCAGAGCUGACUGAAGCCAAGGGCAACAGCUCAAACAUGAUCAAGCUUCAGUUUGAGAUAAUAAAGACCCUGUCCGUGCUGCCCAUUUCCACUAAAAACAUGUUGGAGGAGAGCAAAGUUCUGAGCUCCAUCCAGCGUUGGGCCCAGACCAACGCCCUCCCCCAGCCUGCGGAGAUGGACGGCUACUCCAGUGAGAACAACUCCCGAGCCCAGACCCCACUCAACACUCCCGACGGCUCCACCUCCAAACUAGGACCCGAGUUGGAGAGUGACACCCCAAAGCGGGCCGUGUACCGCAGACUCAAAAUCAUCAGUGAAAACAGCCUGGACAGCGCACUCUCUGACGCCAGUAAGGCAUCUGAUGGCAAGGAGGAUGAGGAAGAGGAGGAGGAGGAGGAAGAUGAUGAUGAAGAGGAAUUGGCGCAUGCUCCAUUGCCAGAGAGUAUGGAGAAGAAGGCAGAGCCUUUAAGUGAAGCUGGAUCUCCCAUCAAGGAAGCGAUAGAAGAGCCAGUCUCUCUGAAUGGAGAGACUCGGAACGAGUCUGCCUCAAAUGAAAGUACACCACUUAAGCUGCAACAUGAAGAUGUCACAAAACAGGAAGAACAGGGGAAAACUGAAGAGAUGGAGAUAGAGGUUGAGACUAAGGAGGUUGCUGUGCAAGGGGAAGCAAUUGAUGGCUCGGCUGCAGUUGAGUCUCCAGAAAUAGCUGUUGACAAAGAUGUCGAAGGAUUGGAGGAACAGAUUGUUCACACGGAGGAGGAGAACGCAAAGAUGGAGGAAGAGCUAGAACUCCAAACAACCCAGUAUCACCAAGCAGACGUGACUGAAGCUCCAUUCUUAACUCAACAUGUGGCAGGCCAGGUAGAAAACACAGAGGCUGAGAACAUUGCAAGCAUUGAGGAGUGCCUAGAGGAUCCUAGUGCCUGUGCUACUGAUGUCCUUCCCAGCUCUGUGGCCCUAGAGGCAGGGGCUCAAUCCCAAGAGGUCAGUUUGGAGGCUCCAGAAGCCAGCUUGGAGGCUCCAGAAGCCAGUUUGGAGGCUCCAGAAGCCGGCUUGGAGGCUCCAGAAGCCGGCUUGGAGGCUCCAGAAGCCGGCUUGGAGGCUCCAGAAGCCGGCUUGGAGGCUCCAGAAGCCGGCUUGGAGGCUCCAGAAGCCGGCUUGGAGGCUCCAGAAGCCGGCUUGGAGGCUCCAGAAGCCGGCUUGGAGGCUCCAGAAGCCGGCUUGGAGGCUCCAGAAGCCGGCUUGGAGGCUCCAGAAGCCGGCUUGGAGGCUUCCGAAGCCGGCUUGGAGGCUUCCGAAGCCGGCUUGGAGGCUUCCGAAGCCGGCUUGGAGGCUUCCGAAGCCGGCUUGGAGGCUUCCGAAGCCGGCUUGGAGCCUUCCGAAGCCGGCUUGGAGGCUUCCGAAGCCGGCUUGGAGGCUUCCGAAGCCGGCUUGGAGGCUUCCGAAGCCGGCUUGGAGGCUUCCGAAGCCGGCUUGGAGGCUUCCGAAGCCGGCUUGGAGGCUCCCGAAGCCGGCUUGGAGGCUCAUGAUACUGGCUCUGUGGCCCCAGAGGCCAGGCUACCAGCCUCAGAGGCUGUCUCUGAGUCUCGGGAAGCUAGUCUUCAAGCCCUUGCUUGCUCUGUGGCCCCAGAGUCCGGCUCUGUUGCCCCAGAGGCCAGCACCACUAAAGAGAGCACAGUGGCCCCUUUGGAACCUUCACUAGCGGGCAAAGGGGCCCCCUUGGAGCCUUCACUAGUGGGCACUCCGUCUCAGGAUGAUGAGGAGGGGCCUUCGGAUGUGGAAAGUGAGAGAAGCCAGGCACCACAGCUUAGCAGUCUGGACAUUAGUGGCAUGGCGGCCAGACUCCUGGACAGCUGGAAAGAUCUUAAGGAGGUCUACAGGAUACCAAAGAAAAGCCAGGUGGAAAAGGAAACGAAUGAUCGCAGUCGAGAGCGAGACCCAGCUCUGACCCCACGCACAGCCUCUGGCAGCCGGGAGAGGGAACGGGAAAAAGACAGGGACAGAGACAGAGACAGAGAUCGGGACCAUGACCGGGACAGAGAGCGAGACCGGGAUCGGGAGCGGGAUCGGGAUCGGGACCGGGAGCGGGAUCGGGAUCGGGAGCGAGCCUCUGAAAAGACUCCACGGGAGCGGCGGAGGAGACGCUCCAGCUCCCCUCUCUCCUCCCCUUAUGAGAGGAGCAGACGAACAGACGAACGGUUCGACCCUUCCUCCAACAGUAACAAGACUCCGCGGGCAGUUGGGAAGGAGCGCAACAAGCUGUCCACAGAGGAACGGCGAAAGCUAUUUGAGCAGGAGGUCGCUCAGCGAGAAGCCCAGAAACUUCAGCAGCAGCAGCUCCAGACUUUGGCCUUUGACCCAAACCUGCCCUACGUCACUAGUCCUGGCUACAUCCACUACCCACCUGGGUACCCUUUACAGACCUAUGUAGACCCCACCAACCCCAAUGUUGGCAAAGUGUUGCUUCCCACCCCUCCGGUGGACGUGGUUGCCGGUACAUACGAAGAGACUCCGCCACAGCCUCUCAUCUCUGAGCUGGGCCUACCCCCUCCUCCCACCACCAACCAGGCACCUCCAGUCCCUCAGCACAUCACAAUCAACCCUGUAGAACUCAGUGCUGGCAACCCCCAGCAAUAUGCCCAACCCCCCAUGGUGACAGCCCAUGACCCAGGGGUGGCUGUCCUCUCUGUGCCUGCAGUGAGGGCAGCACCGGUGCCAGGCCAGCACCCAGGAAGCUACACCACCCUAUGGGACUCCUCCAUCCAGCAGGCGGUCACCGUGCAGACCCAGCCCACACAGCAGCAGUACGCCGUGGCUCCAAAUCAGGCUCAGACGCAGACGGCAAUCUACUAUCAGGGCCAGCCUUGCCAGACCAUCUACAGCAUCCCAAGCUAUCCCCAGGCCAACCCACCUGUCAUACAGGCAUACGCGGACCCUACUGCCGGCUACCUCCACGGCCCACCUGUGUACACGGGCCACCAGCAGGGGGUGGUGGUGCAGCAGGGAGGAACAGUCACCACCAUUGUCACGUCCCAGACAGUCCAGCCGGAGAUGAUUGUACCCAACAAUGUGAUAGACCUCCCUCCUCCUUCUCCACCCAAGCCCAAAACCAUCGUUCUACCUCCCAGCUGGAAAGUGGCGCGGGACCCUGAAGGAAAGAUCUACUACUACCAUAUCGCCACCAGGCAAACCCAGUGGGACCCCCCGACCUGGGACGGAAGCAGUGACAACACAAGCAUAGACCACGAGUCUGAAAUGGACCUGGGAACUCCUACCUACGAUGAGAACCCCUCUAAGUUCUCUACAAAGACUGCUGAGGCUGACACUUCCAGCGAGCUGGCCAAGAAGAGCAAAGAGACAUUCCGCAAAGAGAUAUCCCAGUUCAUUGUGCAGUGUCUUAAUCCGUACCGAAAGCCAGACUGUAAACUGGGACGCAUCAGCAACACGGAUGACUUCAAGCAUCUCGCUAGAAAGCUAACUCACGGCGUGAUGAACAAGGAGCUGAAGGCCUGCAAGAACCCGGAGGACCUGGAGUGCAACGAAGAAGUCAAACACAAGGCCAGGGAGUACAUCAAGAAGUACAUGCAUCGAUUUGGCUCAGUGUACAGGCCUAAAGAAGACACCGAGCUGGAGUAGUGUGUGUGUGUGUGUGUGUGUGUGUGUGCGUGUGUGUGUGUGUGUGCGUGUGUGAAGGAGGAUCGAAGCAACGGUCGCCGAAGCAGUUAUCAGGAACUGAAGUGGCGCCCAGAAAAAGCUCUUGGCCCUGCCUGGUGGCUCUGAUCAUGAGCCACAGCUGACCAGACUGAUGCCGCUCCAGGCCCAGCCUCCGCUAAAGGAUGAUGCAGUGGGUGCUACAGACUGUUCUCACGGUCAUGUUUGAUUUUAAACCCCGCCGCCCACCCCAUGUCUUGGCUCUUAACUUGUUCCCCCCCAAGUUGAUCACCUCAAUUCCACUUUUUUAAAAACUCUUCUGGCCCGACCAGGAAGGUUUAGCUUAAGGACAACCAUGAUUUUAUUUUUUAAUUAGUAAAUCACCCUUCAGUACUUUCCACUUUCCAUGGAUCAAUGUUGAAUAGAAAGGUUUGUGUGUUUAUUUUUUUUCUAUAUAGGUUUUUUUGUGUGUGCGCAUUUAGCCCUUUGCCAUUGACUCUGUUUCUGGUGCUGCUUUUAGCUGGGCUGUGGAACUCCGCUCUUCCGGACAUCCCCCCCCCUGCCUUCUGAAGGCGGUCCUCCUGACUCCUACAUCCCUCCUCCUACUCGGUAACCAUGUAGGAGCCAGAAUCUUGGAACCAGUUCACCAGUGAACCGGUUCACACGUCAAAGCUGUCAAUCCCCAUAUGUGCUCAAAAGGCCCAGCAGGGAGGAAGAGGAGGGGGGUUCAGAUCAAUAUUUUUCAUAUGUACAUCGAUGAGUUUAUGUAAUAAAUCAGUUAAAGUGGGGUUAGGCGUAGGGCUGCAGCUAGGUUUUCAUUCAGACUACUCUUCAUCCUGUCCUGGUUUCCACCAGCUUAUUCUCGGCCCACUUUUGUCCUGGAACAGAAGUGAUGGAUGUAGCAUCAUAAUAUUAAUGUUUUUUUUAACUCACUAUUUUGACUCGCCUAUUCUGAUGCGCAUUACUGUGAGAUUCUCAAGGUUGCUAUUUGUUUUUUUUGUUUUUGUUUUUUAAGCAUGGGCUCAUUAAUCACUUACUUCGAUUUGCAUUAAACAAUGUUCCAACACAUGUAUAUUUCUUUAUAUGUGAAUAUAUAGAAAAGGUAGUUGACUUUGUGGUUAUUUCAUCUGUAAAUAUCUGUAAUUACCAAACCACAGUAGUCAGGCCAGGGGGUGGGUCACUGUGAAGCCCUGCCCAGCCUCUCCAUUUGAACCCUCUUCUGCAGCAUCUCAUUACACCAUUCUCACUUCACAGUCCUCUGUUUUAAAUCACUGGUAGGAGAGGUUGGGGGCCGGGGGGCAGGGGGGUAUUUAGCUUUGGUUGUUUUCUAUGUACAAAUGUUUCACCCUAAUCUUCUGUAAGUAUUGUGUAAGCACAUUCUCAUACUGAGUGUACAAACCUUUUAAAGAAUAAUAAAAACUUUUUUUGUAAACUAAA